UGGGAGUUGUAGUGCUCUUCCGGGUUUAGGCCACCAGUAGCUGCUCCCUGGGAUCGCUAUGGUAAUUCUGAAAGGGAUUCCCUCAGUGCUGUCACCGGAGCUGCUCUAUGCCCUGGCCCGCAUGGGGCACGGUGAUGAGAUCGUUCUUGCAGAUGCCAACUUUCCUGCUUCUUCCACAAGCCAGGCAGGCCCUGAGCUUAUCCGAGCUGAUGGUUUGGGCAUCCCUUUGCUAUUAGAGGCCAUUCUUCAACUCUUCCCAUUGGAUACCUACGUUACAAGUCCUGCUGCUGUUAUGGAUCUCGUGGACAGUGAUAAAGCAAAGGGUUUGGAGACACCAGUUUGGGAAAAGUACAGAGCACUACUGGCAAAUGUAGGAUGUAAGACGCCGCUGCAGCUGGUGGAAAGAUUCCAGUUUUAUGAUCGAGCCAAAAAGGCUUUUGCUAUUGUGGCAACAGGGGAAACUGCACUCUACGGAAAUCUAAUUUUGAAAAAAGGAGUAAUUGGCUAGAACGAUUUGACUAGAUCUGUUUGCAAAUAAAUAAUAUACUUUA